AUGGCGAAAAUUUACAAGGAUACCCGAGUCGACCUCCGGCCUUUCUCACCGGCAACUGUCGCCAACAUCCAAGUCUCCCCCUCCGACAGCGCGUUCCGCCGACCUCGAUUUGCCAUCUCUGCUGCCCCCGACAACGACGUUCCAAUCGCGAAGGAUGAGGAUGAAUUCGCUAGGAGAUACCUUGCCACCCAGGGUGCUGUCUAUUUUCGCAAGCGCAGGACAUACCCGAGGACGUUCCUGUGGCGGGUCGUCAACGAUAACAAGGUGCUAGAAAUUCAAUGCGCCGACCUGGCGAAGAGCGGCACUGAACAUUUUGAAUUCAAUGUCACUCUGCGACUCAAUUUCCAGGAACAGAUUCUUCCUUCGGGCGUUGCCCUCGCCGACUCCGAAGAUCAUGAAGUUCUCAAUGUCUUCGUGAUCACGACCUCAAAACAACUUCAUACCUUGGCUCUUCGCCCUGAAUUCUUCCGCAGAUCAGCUUCAGUCGAUGAGAAUGUGGCCGAUUGGUGCAAGACUUGUAUUCCGGCACCGCUAUCCUUCUCGCAUCCCCAUCGACUACACGCAAGCAGCCCGCUGGAGCUGUUCAUCUCGCUCGAUAACGGCGCGCUUCUGCGAUUGACCCGCCGAGCUGGUGAUGACGGCUCACACUGGACUCCUCUGACCUUCGAUGAACGGACGUGGGGUGCUUCGAUUCGAGGCCUCGUUAAGUGGAAUGCACCAUCUUCCAUCAAGCACAACGGACGCAGCCUCGACCCCAAUGCCGCCAAUGCCAUCGCUACGACAUCCGACGAGACAUACGUUUUCGCCAUCUGCCUCAACCACACUCUCAAGAUCUGGAAUCUUGCCACAAACAAGCUUGCCGCAUCGCAGGAUCUUCUCGGUCGCCCAAUGGACCCCGAUACCGUUCCCUAUACCCUGAACCCCGCCGAAACCUCCUUCAUUCGUGUAUUCAACGCCGAGAGAGCUAUGGAUGGAGGGCAUCGCUUCUACGUGAUUACAUAUUCUCCCUUCGAAGAUGGGCGUUUCAAGUUCUGGGCUGUCAAGGGCGGUCUGACCUCUGAGCUUGUUAUUGAGGACAUUUACGCGGACACUGUCUUUAGACCCGUGGAUCCAGAUGUAACGGGCAACAUGUUCUGGAGCAUCGCGGACUUCCAAGUCAAGCCGGUGGAGGAAGGGAGGGGAAUGGAGUUGUGGGUGUUGUGGAGAAACCACGGCCUCUACCAGCUAUACACACUUCAUUUUGACCUUCAGACUUUGCCUUCAGACUGGAGUACCAACUGGGUUUCCACAGCAUAUGAGACACACCGACAGGAACCUUUGCCAUUGCCGACACUUGAUGAUGUGGUUGACCCCACCGAGAGGUGGCUUGCAUACAUCUUGCACCCGAAUCGAUAUCUCCCCGAAGUUUUGGAGACUGCUCUCGCUGUAUACCAAGAAGCUCUCAAGCCUUUGUCUUCAUCAUCAUCCGGUGUUUUGAAGAAGGAUGUUGCGUUACCGGAGCGCCUCUGUUCUACCAUCGCAGCAACUGUAUCCCUCCGCAAGUAUACAGAUGAUGAGAUGGACUACUUUCUCGAUGCUAAGUGGCGUCAAUUCUGGCAAGUCGCCGAGGACCUCAACAAGCGCCGAUUUGAACCGGUCUCCCUCGGCUUCGACUCUUUCUUCGAUAUGCCUUGGCUGGUCCUGUCAGAUUCCUGUGCUGUGAUUCGCGAAUGCAGCACCACUGAACUGCUUUUCCACAAUUCGGCAUCGGAGCUCAGCGAGGAAUCACCAAAAAUUGUGGAUCGCCUUAGACAUCGAAAUAUCACUUCCGAGCUUGGAAACCUUUACGAGGAGGCAUCAUCGUUGAUGAAGAUUGCUUCGGAUUUCAGGAAGCGGUUCUCUGCUGAGCUCGAUGCGGCCUGCCGCGCUGCUCUGGAUACAGAGCUCUUCAACGAGCCAUCAUCAUCAAUCGCCGACCGCAUGGAUAGUUUUAGGGAACGUUGUGAGUUUGGCGAACGAAUUUCCAACAAGACCUUCGAUGGCUUAGUCGCGGCUUUGAAUGAGUACUUUGAUGCCGAAAACCUGCCAACCGGUGUCUUCGACGCCAUAAUUGAUACGCUUCCUCUUGGAUUCAAGGGAGAGGAUUCGAAUCUCCUGACAACAUACUUCGGUGGCAGACUGGCUGUCAGCGGUGCCCUUGAGGCGAUCACCCAAAAUCGCCAAAUUCUCUACGACUUGUUAAUUUUGGUCACUUUUGUGGAUUCCGAGCUUGAGCAGGGAGCAAAGUCCACAUUUGAUGCUGCCAGGUUGUUCUCCACCAUCAUUGACCUCCUUCACGAAUACGAAAUGAUGUACUGGCUCAGCUCUAAUGUCCGAAAAUGCACCGAUCGUAUCAACGCAGUCACUGGAGAGCAAUCUGUCUUUUCACUGAAGGACAACCAAUCGAAAAAGUCCCAGCGAACAGCCACCAUUCUUGAAGACCUUUUCGUUUCAGACAUCAAACCUCGUCCACCUGUCGACCGACCACAAAGCUAUACUUUGACCUUGGGAAUCCGGGAUCUCCUGGCUUGGAUAACCCGGCAAGGUCAAGUGGCGUACCCCAACGCAUUGACUCAUAUCCAGUGCGACCUUAUUGCUAAGAACGAUAUCGAUCUCGCAUGGGACUUCCUACGUUUCCAGCCCAGCACCUCCUGGGCAACCUACGUCAAGGGUCGCCUGUAUGUUGCGAUGUCUGAGUUUGACACCGCAGCUAUAUUCUUCCGGAAGUCGGCGUACCUCCUUUCUCAUGGUAAAGCUUUGGGUAACCUGCACGAAAUGUCGGCUACCCUCCUGGACCUCGUAUCCGUGAACUGUUUCUACAACGGUAUUCCGAGAUACUACCAGCAUAUCCUUUCUAUUUUCGAGCAGGCUAGAUCCUUUUCGCAUGUCGCGGAUUUUGCUGCCUUGGCCCUACAAGCUCUCGAUUCCCAGGCAUGGGCCGAACAAGAUCCGGAAUACAGCAGCAUGCGAUCGGAUCUACUUUCGCGGCUCUUCCACGCUUCCCUGCGGACUUGCCAAUUCGACCAGGCUUACUCCGCCUUGGCUCGCUACCAGGAUCUUGCACUACAGAGAUCCGCGCUCAGCUCCCUCGUCUCUACCAUCUUCUCUGUCUGCGGACCAGGCACCGCUGGUCUCCAGCAAAUCCUCCGCUUCCCCGUCUCUCUCGUUCCAAACAUCGCCUCACACAUCGACGAGAUCCUUGUCUCCCUCUCUCGGAAACAAGGCAAUUUCUCCUCCUGGCUGGACAGAGACAACAAGGACGCCGACGGUUCGCCAGACUACCACCGCGUACUACAGGCAUACCGCAUUGCCCGCAAUGACUACCGCGGCGCAGCAGAAAUCGCCUACCGCAACGUACAGCGCCUCCGUCAAGCAAGAGAUACCCCGUCUUCCACCCUCGCCCAUCGAAACAAGAAGGAAGCCGAGGAAGCCGGCGUUCCAGAAGACGACACCGAGAGCAAGGAAAUCCGCCACGAACUCCUGUCACUAAUCAACCUGCUCGCAUCCGUCGACAAGAGCGAAGCAUAUAUCCUAGUUGAGACCGGUCCCGUCGCAUCACCCGCCACGGCGAAGCCCCAACAAAACCACCGCGGCUCGCACGAUGAUGACGGAAACGUCUUCAUGGAAGACGCAGACGUAGGUGGCACACCUACAUUUUCCGCCCGUCGCAGGUCCUCUGCCAGCAACGCCUCAUUCACAUCCGCCGGUCGCCGAGGUAGUCUAUCGUCGAACGGCAGAGGACAUGGCAGUGUCUCCGCCAAACCAGUUAUAGAAGCUCCUCAAGAACGCGUCAUUGUCACACUUGAGCAUCUGCGACGCGAAUACCAGUCUGAACUGGAUCGUAUUAGUCGGAUUGAGCGUGGGGACUGGGAAUUCGGUCUUUUGGGGGAUGGGGAAGGGGAAGGGGAGGGUUUCGAUAAUGAUGAAACAAUGGUUCUGUCUUAG